AUGCCUUCAACAUAUGGAAGUGAUUUGCAAAUGGGAACACUGAGGGUUUUCAAGUACGAAUUAUUGCAACAGCGAACACCGAGAGACGGCGGCAGCGGCGGUGGCAGAAGCGGCGAGCACCGAGAGCCGGUGACAGAAGAAGCGGCGAGCACCGAGAGACGGCGGCAGAAGAAGCGGCGAGCACCGAGAGACGGCGGCAGAAGAAGCGGCCAGCACCGAGAGACGGCGGCAGAAGAAGCGGCGAGCACCGAGAGACGGCGGCAGAAGAAGCGGCGAGCACCGAGAUACGGCGGCAGAAGAAGCGGCGAGCACCGAGAGACGGCGGCAGAAGAAGCGGCCAGCACCGAGAGACGGCGGCAGAAGAAGCGGCGAGCACCGAGAGACGGCGGCAGAAGAAGCGGCCAGCACCGAGAGACGGCGGCAGAAGAAGCGGCGAGCACCGAGAGACGGCGGCAGAAGAAGCGGCGAGCACCGAGAUACGGCGGCAGAAGAAGCGGCGAGCACCGAGAGACGGCGGCAGAAGAAGCGGCGAGCACCGAGAGACGGCGGCAGAAGAAGCGGCGAGCACCGAGAGACGGCGGCAGAAGACGCGGCGAGCACCGAGAGACGGCGGCAGAAGAAGCGGCGAGCACCGAGAGACGGCGGCAGAAGAAGCGGCGAGCACCGAGAGACGGCGGCAGAAGAAGCGGCGAGCACCGAGAGACGGCGGUAGAAGAAGCGGCGAGCACCGAGAGACGACCAGGCGGCAGCGGCGGCGGCAAACACUGGGCGGCGGUGGUGGCGGCGGUGGCGGGUAGCAGUGACGGCGUGCAGACGGGCAACAACACGACAGGCACGGCUGGGGCUCUUCCACGUCGAAGAUACCCCCUGAGAGUAGCUCAGGCAGUGCGAGUCCUCAAUGAGGAAGUUGCAGCAGUGGACUGUUUACCACAGCACCAUUACACUCACCAGCAGUAA